AUGCCUACGUUUUCCUCUCAUCCAGAAACACAACCAAAAUGGUGGAAAGAGGCGACGGUCUAUCAAAUUUACCCCGCCAGUUUUAAAGACUCGAACGACGACGGAUGGGGAGACAUGAAAGGAAUUUUUUCCAAGCUUGAGUAUAUUAAAGACCUUGGAGUAGAUGCUAUUUGGAUUUCACCAUUUUACGACUCUCCCCAAGAUGACAUGGGCUACGAUAUUGCGAAUUAUGAAAAGGUCUGGCCUACUUACGGGACCAAUGAAGAUUGUUUCAAGGUGAUCGAAAAGACACACGAGUUGGGGAUGAAAUUCAUCACUGAUCUUGUCAUUAAUCACUGUUCUAGUGAACAUGAAUGGUUUAAAGAAAGUAGAUCAUCAAAAACUAAUCCAAAGCGUAACUGGUUUUUCUGGAGGCCACCAAAGGGCUACGACGAGCAUGGAAAGCCUAUCCCACCAAACAAUUGGAGAUCGUACUUUGGUGGAUCAGCGUGGACUUUUGAUGAGAAAACUCAGGAAUUUUAUUUACGCCUAUUCGCUUCAACCCAGCCAGAUUUGAACUGGGAAGUCGAAGAAUGCAGACAAGCCAUCUACGAGAGUUCGGUGGGCUUUUGGCUAGAUCAUGGUGUCGAUGGCUUUAGAAUAGAUGUUGGAAGUUUAUAUUCUAAGGUCGUUGGUUUGCCAGACGCACCCGUUGUAGACGAAAAUACUCCUUGGCAACCAAGUGACCCAUUGACGUUGAACGGCCCACGUAUUCACGAAUUUCACCAAGAAUUGAACAAAUUCAUGAGGGACCGUGUUAAAGAUGGUAGAGAGCUUUUGACCGUGGGCGAGAUGCAACAUGCCACUGAUGAAGUGAAGAGGAUGUACACUGCCGCCUCAAGACACGAGCUAGGUGAGUUAUUCAACUUUUCUCAUACUGAUGUUGGGACUUCUCCCCUAUUUCGCUACGAUCUGGUUCCUUUCAAACUCAAGGAUUGGAAGAUAGCGUUGGCUGAAUUGUUUGGAUUCAUUAACAACACCGAUUGUUGGUCAACUGUUUACUUGGAAAAUCACGAUCAGCCUCGUUCGAUUACCAGAUUUGGUGACGACUCUGCAAAGAAUCGUGUUAUUUCAGGUAAGCUUCUAAGUGUUCUUUUGACGACAUUGACCGGUACUUUAUAUGUGUACCAAGGACAAGAAAUAGGCCAAAUAAACUUCAAAAAUUGGCCAGUCCAGAAAUAUGAAGAUGUCGAAAUUAGAAACAACUAUAAGCUUAUCAAAGAAGAGCAUGGUGAGAAUUCUGAGCAGAUGAAGAGGUUUUUGGAGGGAAUUGCUUUGAUAUCAAGAGAUCAUGCAAGAACGCCGAUGCAAUGGACCAAGGAAGAACCUAACGCAGGCUUCUCUGGUCCUGACGCUAAGCCGUGGUUCUUUUUGAACGAAUCUUUCAGAGACGGUAUUAAUGUUGAGGAUGAAUCUCAUGAUCCAAACUCUGUUCUGAACUUCUGGAAGAAGGCAUUGAAAUUCAGAAAGGCCCACAAGGACAUCACUGUAUAUGGUUAUGACUUCGAAUUUAUUGAUUUAGAGAAUGAUCAGCUUUUCAGUUUCACGAAGAAAUACGGAGAAAAGACUCUUUUUGCAGCGUUGAACUUUAGUUCAGCGCAAGUCGAUUUUACGAUUCCUAAUGACGGCAGAUCUUAUGAUCUGGUCUUUGGUAAUUUCCCAGAAAAUGAAGUUGACCCAUCAUCAAGAAGUUUGAAACCAUGGGAAGGCAGAGUUUAUAUCUCUCAGUAA